AUGGCUGUUUACAAAAACUAUUACAACCGUAGGGCCCAUUGGACAAUAGCAGUGUCCUGCUUAUAUCUCCUUUGCAGCACUAUUUCUUGUACCAUAGUUAACGCGGAAAGGGUGAGGCACCCCCAUAUGAAACGCGGGGAACCAGGCUGGUCCCAAUUGGAAAAAUCUAGAUUAGAAGAUAGUUCAAAAAACUCGAUCCUAAGUUGCCCGAAUUGCCUUUUCGAAAACGAAUUAGAUAGGGAAAAAAAGGAAACUGACAAACUUAGAUUAGAAGCAAUAAAAAAGCAAAUUUUACAAAAGUUGGGUUUGCGACAGAAACCAAAUGUGACGCAUAGUCUUCCGAAAGAGAUUAUUUUGGAAACAUUAUACAGAGCUGAGGAUGAGGAUAGUGAUUUUUUACGGAAUUUUGAUAGAGAUGAAAAUUUUUCUACAACUAGCGCUAGGAAUAAUAUCAUGGAGACUGUUGAUGUUGACGAUUUUUAUGGAAGGACUUCUGAAAUUAUUUCCUUUGCUGAAGAAGGUGCAUUCGCUAGUAGCGUGAAUGCUGCGACUUACCUUAAAGUAUUUUUUGAAGUUAUAAUACCUAUGCCAGUUUAUUAUAGUAUAACUUUUAUAUAG